AUGGCGGACCAAAGGAUUUCAGAUCGGGGUAAGGCGUCCCCUGUAAGCGACGCGCAAGUAUAUCGCCGCACACUUGUGAGAAAUGGGCUACGGCUACCGUAUCAGGAGCGGACGGCUAAAGAAGAUAGCUCAAAAAAGAGAAAAAGGAAAGAGGAGAAAUCAAAGGGUACAGUAUGGAGGCUAGCCACCUUGAAUGUUGGAAGUAUGACAGGAAGAGGGCGGGAGAUUGUAGACUUUAUGGAGAAGCGUAAAAUAAACAUCAUGUGUGUCCAGGAGACAAAGUGGAAGGGAGCCAAAGCUAAAGAACUCGGGAAUGGAUUUAAGUUAUUCUACACUGGUACGGAUAGGCGACGAAAUGGAGUGGGGAUAAUCUUGGACGACAAUCUUUAUAAAGGAGUACUUAGCGUAAAAUGA